UGAUGGCAUUGAAAGAGGAGAUUCUGAAUGAAACGGAAGAGAAAGAUCAAAAUGAUCAUGAGCAUGAUUUUCAAACUGAAGAAAAACCAAGUAGUUGCUCACAUGAAAAGACUUCAUCACCAAAAAACACAAAAACACACGCUACAAACCUUAAUUCCCACAUGAAAAUUCAUACUGGAGAGAGACCGUACACCUGCCAACAGUGUGGAGAAAUUUACAAUGGAAAAGAAAGCCUUAAAGUCCACAUGAAAACUCACAUUGAAAAGAACCUGUUGAUAUGCCCUCAGUGUGGAAAGAGUUUUACACAGAAAAGAACCCUUAAUUCCCACAUGAGAACUCACACUGGAGAGAGACCUUACACCUGCAAACUGUGUGGGAACAGUUUCACACGAAAUGGAGAUCUUAAGACUCACAUGAGCACUCACAGUGAAGAGAAGCCAUUUGAAUGUGAUCAGUGUGGAAAGAGUUUUACACUGAAAAAAAACCUAUAUGUCCACAUGAGAAUUCACAAUGGAGAGAAGCCUUACACCUGCCCUCAGUGUGGAAAGAGUUUCUCACGUAAAGAAAACUUCAAGACUCACAUAAGAAGUCACACUGGAGAGAAACCAUACAUAUGCUCUCAGUGUGGAAAGAGUUUCACUGAAAAGGGAACCCUUAAUACCCACAUGAGAAUUCACAUUGGAGAGAAGCCUUUCACCUGCCCUCAGUGUGGAAAGUGUUUCACGAUUAAAGGAAACCUAAACACUCACAUGCGGAUUCACACUGGAGAGAAGCCAUUCACAUGUGAUCAGUGUGGAAAGAGUUUCAGACAUAAUGUAAACCUUAACAAUCACAUGAAGAUUCACUCAAGAGAGAAGAGUUUUAAAUGUCAUCAGUGCAAAAGGAGUUUCACAGACACAAAUCAUCUUAAGAAUCAUGUUAAAAUUCACAUCGGAAAAAAGCCUUUCAUGUGCCAUCACUGCGGAAAGAGUUUCUCAAAAGGAGGACACCUCAAGGCUCACUUGAGAAUUCACACUGGAGAGAAACCUUUCACCUGCGAACAGUGUGGAAAGAGUUUCAGUCAGAAAAUAACCCUUCAGCUUCACAUGAGAGUUCACACUGGAGUGUCUUUAGUGUCUUGAGUGUGAGAAGAGUUUCACGUCAAAACCUGAAAUGGCAUUUGCAAACUCAUUCUGGGAAGAAAUUCCUGUUAAGAGUGACAAGAGGUUUAGAAAAAGGAGUAAUUUCUACAAUAAUCUGCGCAUUCAUUCUGGAAGACAAUUCAGUUGUCAGUGAAAUAAAAACAUUUGUUUACCAUCACAAUUACAGAAACAUGUGAAAAGUCAUGGAAAUGUGAGACCCUGUUUAUGUUCUUUGUUAAAGAGUAUGACAAGAAAAAAUGUGGGCUACAUCUGAUUGUCAUCUUCUUGGCUAUUCUUUUACUUUUAUUUGCAUCCUUCAUCUCUUUAUAUUUCACCAUAAGGCUUUUGGUGGAGUUGUCACUCAAUUCCAUGUAUUGAUUCCUCCGAAUUAAAAUGUUAUGUUGUGUUCAAAUCUGCAUACUAUUACACUACUCAG